AUGGGAAUCGGCCGACUUUACUACUUUACUGUGGCCUUUCUUGCUUCGACGUAUAUCAGCUUAACACAUUACAAGAACUUCGACGGCAGCUGGCACCGACCCAAAAACCAAGCCAAGAAGGCGAGGAAGAAGGCCGAAGCGAAGGCCAAGGAAGAAGCUGCCGCGAAAUCAGAGAAGCUCGUCGACGACCUCGAGCGCAGAGCCAGAGCAGAGAGGCACGCCCAUAGGAGGCACCGCCGCCGAGAUGACACACCCGCCCCAAGAGCCCCUCACCCCGCCGCCGGAAACAGACACCCCCGUCGUGGGUCUCGGGCUUAUGAUGACGGUGGCGACCGAUACGGAGAUGGAAGAUACGGUGACGAGCGAUACAGCGACGGAUCAAGUCGCUCCAGCAGCGUCUACGCCAAGAGCCACGGCUACAGCACCAACCCACUAUCCAGACGACACAGUUCACACAAGCAGUUUGAGCACCGAGUCAAGCCAAACCCAUACAGCGAAUACGUCCCCGAGGCAAGUGCCCACAUCCUUGGAACACCACCACCCCCCGAACCCAUGGGACCAGUCCACAGCACCAAGCGCCACUCCUCCUUCCGCAAGCCAGCCGACUUCGCCAUGCCAGACCACACCCGACCAGGUCAUACCACGCGAGACGGAAGAUUCGAGCACUUCACGCUCCCUUCGAGGGACCGUGAGCGUCCAACACAACAAGCACCAGAUGAACAAGACGUGUCGCAGCUUUCGUCACCGGUGCUGCAUCCAGGUGGCAAGCUACAUAAGCGGCGGAUGGAUGUGUCGCCUGAGAAGUUCAACAAGGGACACUUCGAGCCGCUCAAGGUCCGUACCGAUAUCCCGCUGCCGGUCAAUGAGCCUCCUGUCAAGCGCACGCGGACAGGGAAUGCGGAAAAGAAGAUUGAGAUUUACUAUGAUUCUGUUGGCACGCCGAAGAUCAAGGAGACGCCGGAUAGUAUCGAGGCCGGCUUCACUCCGAAGACUGCUGCAUUUCCUCCCAAUGUGAUGAAUGCUACUCCACUUCCGGCUCCCAAAACUGCAGACCCGGGGAAGGGGAAGGGGCACAUCCAUGCUGCGAUGAGGUUGCUUUCAGGACUGACGCCAGAAAAGAGAGCCAAAGCCAUGGAGUUCGUCAGAAAACAGAAGAAGUUCAGCUUGCUGGAUUCCUUCGUCAGAGACGACGCUCUCUGCAUGAUCCUCGUCAGCUACCUGCCCAUGCCCGCAUUAAUUGACCUCUACGCAAUCUCCAAAUGGUUUCAUUACAAGUUCAACAAAGAAGCGACGGCUUUCAUCCUGGCGAGCAUGCGGACGUGGGCGCCAAAGGCUGAUCAGAUCUUUCCGUGGAGAUGCUACAAGCAAUUGUGUAUCAAGGAUCCUGAGAAGAAGCAGAAGGCGAGCGCUGUCAAGCAACGUGGUGGUCCUGAUGUCGAGGCGGAUUAUAAUCAGAUUGCUCAGGGCUCGAGAGAUGUGCCCAGCUUGAGAUGGUUGCAGAUGGUGGUGUAUCGCAAUCUCAUCUGCAAGGACAUGAUCAUCUCGCUGGGAGCUCGAGGAUUGAGAGUGAGUCCAGCUAUUAUGGAUCCUCUCCAGCGCAUGUGGUUCAUCCUCGACCUCCCCCUCAACGCCCACCGCAUCGCCCUCAUGCACAGCGAAACCUACAUGACAACCGAAGCCCUCAAAAUCGCCACCCAAUUCUUCCUCAAAAUCGACAUGGCCCUCACAGACCCCGGCCACACCCUCGAACCCUUCAACCCCAUCAACCCCGCCCAACACUGGAUCGCCUACGUCGGCAGCUCCCUCCGCCAACUCCUCAUCUCCGAGACAUCCUUCACGCCGCUCUGGCGCGUCCUGAAAAACUGGUCGCCCAUCCAAGACGUCGAGCGCGACGAGGAACCGCACGCCUGGCCCCUCCCCCUCGAAGAAGCCGACAUGUACGAACUCUACUGGCGCCACAAAGGCCGCGUGCCGCGCGACAUCCCGCCGGAAUCCGCCCUCUCGCACGUCCUAGGCGGCUCCCUGUCUCCACAACCCAUCGCCGGCUACGAACGCCUCUACAGCCCCGAAGACGACAAGACCCUCACCCCACCACAAAUCUCCAAACUCAUCACAACGUACGGUCCCAAGGAACUCCGCCCCCCGCCGCAGCGCCUCCUGACGCCGGUGGAUCUCAUCAUGAAGGAGGCGAUUCGGAGGAAGCUAAAACAGCAUGAGUGGUGGGUUGAGAUGAUGCUGGAUGGGUUUGAGGAGGUUAAAGGGAAGGGGAAGGGGUUUCCGUGGAAUGAGCGGGGGUUUUAUGAGUUGGCGGGGAGGGAUUUUAGUCCGGCUGUUAGGGGGAGGUUGGAGAGGUUGAGGAGGGAGGAGGCGGAGAAGAAGAGGAAGGUUGAGGAGGAGCGGGUGGGUGGUGGGGAUGGCGAUGGGGAGGUUGGGUGUGAUAAGGAUGGUGGGGAGAAGGGCGAUGAGAGGGGUGAUGAGAAGAAGGUCGAUGAGAAUAAGGGCGAUGAGAAAGGCGAUGGCGAGUUUAGUAUUGACCCAUCUGACUUAGAUUGA